AUGGAAGAAGUGUACUGGUCAUCCUUUGUCUAUCGGGUCAGAAGUGACCAUAUAUCCUCAUCUUCCCUUGUAAUGAUCAACCAGAAGAGCAGCAAGAGAAGGAUAAUUUUGGGACCACAUGAGAAUGAGACUAAUCUAAUGGCACUAUUUAUGGGAAGGAUAAUCCUGGAAGAGCACAAGAAUGGGACUAAUUUAAUGGCGCUAUCUGUGGGAAGGAUAAUCCUGGAAAAGCACAAGAAUGGGACUAAUCUGAUGGCGCAAUUUGUAUUGAGGGAAGAAAUUGAAAUUAUUAGUUUUUAA